CAGCUCCAUACCCGGGGCAACCAACAGGUAGGCAAGCUUGCCGAGAAUACUCAGAGGCAGUCCUGUGGGCAGCAAACAUUUCUGAAGCUGGAUAAAGCACGAAGAAUUAAAAGUUCGAAGCCUCCACUCCGGCCCCCAUUUCGGCUCCAGCCUCGCACCCAGCUCCGGCCCUCAAUCUUCCUGGUUGCAUCCUCCCUCCCCGUUCCUGCCCUGCGCCAGCUCCAGCCUCGGGAUUGAGUAGCCGGUCCCUCAAGCCAUGGCUGGUCCCUUCUCUCGUCUGCUGUCCGCCCGCCCCGGUCUCAGGCUCCUGGCUUUGGCAGGAGCUGGGUCUCUAGCCGCUGGGUUUCUGCUCCGCCCGGAACCUGUAAGAGCUGCCAGUGAACGACGAAGGCUGUAUCCCCCGAGCGCUGAGUACCCAGACCUCCGAAAGCACAACAACUGCAUGGCCAGUCACCUGACCCCAGCAGUCUAUGCCCGGCUCUGCGACAAGACCACACCCACUGGUUGGACGCUAGAUCAGUGUAUCCAGACUGGCGUGGACAACCCCGGCCACCCCUUCAUCAAGACUGUGGGCAUGGUAGCUGGAGAUGAGGAGACCUAUGAGGUAUUUGCUGAGCUGUUUGAUCCCGUGAUACAAGAGCGACACAAUGGAUAUGACCCCCGAACAAUGAGACAUACCACUGACCUGGAUGCCAGCAAGAUCCGUUCUGGCUACUUUGAUGAGAGGUAUGUAUUGUCCUCGAGAGUCAGAACUGGCCGAAGUAUCCGCGGACUCAGUCUUCCUCCAGCCUGCACUCGGGCAGAGCGACGAGAAGUGGAACGUGUUGUAGUGGAUGCACUGAGUGGGCUGAAGGGUGACCUGGCUGGACGUUACUAUCGGCUGAGUGAGAUGACAGAGGCUGAGCAGCAGCAGCUUAUUGAUGAUCACUUCCUAUUUGAUAAGCCUGUGUCCCCAUUGCUGACUGCAGCGGGAAUGGCUCGAGACUGGCCAGAUGCUCGUGGGAUCUGGCACAACAAUGAGAAGAGCUUCUUGAUCUGGGUGAAUGAGGAGGAUCAUACACGGGUCAUCUCCAUGGAGAAGGGCGGCAACAUGAAGAGAGUGUUUGAAAGAUUCUGCCGAGGCCUCAAAGAGGUGGAGCGGCUGAUCCAGGAGCGUGGCUGGGAGUUCAUGUGGAAUGAGCGUUUGGGAUACAUCUUGACCUGUCCGUCUAACCUGGGCACUGGACUUCGGGCAGGAGUACACAUCAAACUGCCCCUGCUAAGCAAAGAUAGCCGCUUCCCAAAGAUCCUGGAGAACUUAAGGCUCCAAAAGCGUGGUACUGGAGGAGUGGACACAGCUGCCACAGGCAGUGUCUUUGACAUCUCUAAUUUGGACCGACUGGGCAAGUCAGAGGUGGAGCUGGUGCAGCUGGUCAUCGAUGGAGUAAACUAUUUGAUUGAUUGUGAACGGCGUCUGGAGAGAGGCCAGGAUAUCCGCAUCCCUCCACCUCUUGUCCACAGUAAACAUUAAAUCCCCCUCCCCAGAAGAUGACUCAAGAUCCCUAGGAGUUCUGCUCAUUCUAAUGCGGCCCAUUCUACUUGCCUUGGAUGCCCCCAACUCCUUCUGUCCUAGUAAAGACUCCUUGCUAUGCUCUA